UUCAAUCUUUACGUUUGCCGAUUCUGCCAUUGAAUAUGGUUUUAUUUACUAGUAUAUCUGUGUUGUGUUGUGUUCAUUUAUGUUUGCAUCGGAAGCCCUGCUGGAUUCAGCGACAGACACGAGCUCCGAGCACAUGUCACUAUUGCAGCUGGUGUCGCAAGAGCAGUCAAUGAGGCUUGAACUUGAAUCGCAAGUUCAUAAGCUUCAAAGUCAGAUCCAAACUCUACAGUCACAGCUGAACAACAUCACAGUUGCAGCGGCCAAAAAUCAACAACAGGUUGCCUUUUCUGGAAGAUUGCAAAACAAUCUACCGUUGUCUGGCAGCACAGCAAUUGUAAAAUUUGAAAACGUCAUCACAAAUAUUGGCAACGCAUACAGCCAGACCACCGGAAUAUUCCAUUGUCCGAUAAGUGGACUGUACCUGUUCACCGGAAACAUCCUGUCUGAUGCCGUUGGAUUUAUAUCAAUGGGCAUUUAUCAAAAUGGAAGACUUAUUGCGAGGCCCUAUACAGGUGCUGGGGUACACGAGCAUGAAAGUGGAUCAGACACGGUUGUAGUUCAUGCGAAUGUAGGAGAUGAAAUCUAUGCAAAGGACUUGGGCGGGUCGUCAGUUUACCUAGAUCAAUAUUCAUUAUUUACCGGAGUUCUUUUAAAAGCAGAUGAGUAAAGAGCAAAAAUACGCUUGAUUUCGUUGGAACAUAAAACGUCUUCGUAAAGUGUUGCAGUG